CAGAGGAACUAAAACGGUGAUCUGGGACAAGAAAAGAAACAGAGAGAAAAACAUGGUUGCAAUCACAGAGUUUCAGAAAAUCGGUGUAGGUCUGUCAGGAUUUGGCGUGUUCUUUGUGCUGUUUGGAGUUCUCCUGUACUUUGACUCUGUCUUGUUGGCGUUUGGAAAUAUUCUGUUCCUGUCCGGCCUGGCCUUUAUCAUUGGCUUGAGGAGGAUUGCCCACUUCUUUUUCCAAAGACAGAAGCUAAGAGGCUCCACCUUCUUCCUGGGGGGCGUGGCUUUAGUGCUACUAAGAUGGCCUCGUAUUGGCAUGCUGGUAGAAAGCUAUGGCUUUGUUCUUCUGUUUAAGUCAUUCUUCCCAAUGGCUUUUGGAUUUCUUGGAACGGUCUUGAACAUACCCUUUUUAACAGCGAUUUUUAACAAGUUAUCUGGAAGCAGUUCCUCAAUGGUAUAAGAGUAGCUGUCAAGAGAUGCUGGAAAUCUGCAAG